AUGUCGCUCUCGUCCCAGACCACGCUCAUCUCCCAGCCCCAUCUCCACCGCAGAGCCUCCGCCCACCAUGCCCACCCACGGCGCAGACCAUCCCACGCCCACGCCCGCAGGGGAUCAGAGAGCGAGGGCAGGAGGGCACUGGCCGCGGGGCUCGCCAUGCACACUCUAGAAACCGGCAAGAAGAAGAAGCCUGCCGAGCAACGACCCCAGAGCCAGCAUACAUCGCGCUCAGAUACAAAUCUUCCGCACCUCUCCCGCACCAACUCGAUGAUGUCCAACACUUCUCACGCAUCCCAGACAAGCAACAACUCUACUGUCAGCCGGCCGGGUGCCAAGCCUCGGAGGAGCAGGGAGCAGGUCCAGAUAUUGGAUGAACAGGGCCGAGAGAUCGAUCCCGAUGAGGAAGAGUGGGAGAGCGGGGAGGAGGCCAAACGGGGCAAAAAGUCAGACAAGAAGAAGGACCGGACAAACGCCUCGGCUCUUGCUACCAGCGCAGCGAUGCGCCGCACGGUCAGCGAUACCUCUGCCAACAAGCAGGAGCAGGGGGACGACGAAGGCGGGGACCAACGGCCGCCCCUCACUCAACGGACGACAGGCUUUGCUGGCGCCGUUCAACCUCUAGACCCACAGAUUGCUGCCGAGAUGCCUUCAGUGGAGCCGCCCGUUAUCCAAAAUCCUAUCAAGCGUGUCGCGAGCUCCAAGUCGCUCGUCGGGCCCAUCUCUGCCAUGACCUCGGUGGAGAAUACGCCCGACAGCGGAAUCAUCACCGAAGCACCAAAGAGCGAGCAGGAGCGACUGCGAAAAGCCCAGGAGAACAGUCUCUUGUCUACGGGACUUUCUCGAGACCAUCCAGAGCCCAAGGAGGAGUCACCAUCAUACCCUUUCCCCAAGAUGCCUUCCCCCGAGGAGCCGCUCAAGCCCCCAUCUCCUCCUCGGCCUGAGUCUCCACUGAGAAAAGAAGGCGGCCAGCAUAGGGAGCGCGAGGCUUCUUCUCUGCCUGGAUCUAAUGGCACUCGCUCGCGUCAAGUGUCAAACAGAAACGCCCCUUCGCUCAGACAUCGCUACUCCAAUUCUUCUCUUCGCUCUAUUCAAUCUCUUCGUGCCCCUCCCCACCCUCUCAACUCGCCCACAGGGUACCGUACUAUGCGCAACAGUACAGCUGCAUACGACUCGCCAUCGAAAAACUCUACAGAUGAGAAGCGUACGCGGGUCCCGAGCAUGCACCAGCCGCCGGUGCCGAAUCCUCAGGUCAACUUUGAAGUAGCUCAGGGAAAGGGGUGGGAUCAGAUUCCCGAGGAAGAGGCGCUUGGCUCUGGUACGUCUGCUGCUGGCACCAGUAGAAGCCAAUCACAGCAGCCGGCACAGCCCCAGUCCCAUCGACGGAGCAGUGUUGCGUCUACCCGCUCACUCCGGAGUAUCUUUGCGGGCACCCUCGCACCUCCGCCGGCCCCUGAUUCUUCACAAAACUCGAAGCGUCUCACAGCGCAUGAAGCUGCCUCCGCCGCCGCCAAACGUCCCACCACCAACAACCCAGUCCUCUACCACCACUCGCUGGGGCAUCCCUCGAGCGCUGCCGAGUCGUGUUUCCUCAUCUCCCGCUUCUUGCCAGAGAAGAAACUUCAGAGGCCAAGCUGGGAAGUUGACCCUGACUUGACAGAGGAGGAACGGGCGCAAGAUCCCGGGGCAAAGUUGACCAAUGGAGAGUACAGGACGGCGCACGAGACCCUCGUGCACACCUUCAGGCAUCUGGGCAGUGGGGUGCAGACGCAGAAACGCAGCCUGAGUAGAAACCAGUCGUACGGUAUCCUGCCAUCGAGCUUGACACUGUCGAGCGUGGCUGCGGCUACCGGGGUCGCCUCUCAUAUUGCGCAGAAUGGAGUAGCAGGCGCCAGUAAUGGGGUAGCGAGCAAUGGGCUGGGAUCAGUAAAGGGCAAGGAUGGUUCGAGAUUCGAGUUGUCCAGCGGGGGUUUGAAUGGAAUGUCGCCGUUCGAGAUGAGUGUACAAAGAGUAUUGAACCAGCGACCGGGGCGAGUGGCUUUGUGA